CUAACAUUUCAGCCAUUUCAAUUUAGCUACCGAACCCUGCCGACUGAUAAAGUAUUCUGUAGUCCCAUUUGCGUGACUGGCUGCGUUGUACGUGCGUAGGAAUGGCUUGAAAGUGCGAGUGCGAUUACGUAUAGCAGCAUUGUUCAGUUUUCCGCUUCUAUAAACGACACUGUCAGCAACAAAAGUCACCACAGGUUUUCCACCCAGUGACUCAACUAUCAAACACAUCUAGGCGCCUAAUUCUGCAGGACGAACGCGUCAACAAGUCUAGCCCGUCUAGCUGCAAUCGGUUUACCCGACACACGAUUAGGCUUCAGCUUUGUUUUGGGGGCCCCAGAUGUACCGUGUACCGAACUGUGGCUACCGAUCUAUGUACCAUUUGUACCGACCGAGACAGCCGUCUGCGAACCAAAGCUAAUAAUCAAGCACCGAAGAAAAUAUGACAGUUCUUGCUUGCACUGGUUCAACAAACAAACAAAUCUCAACUGGUCGGCUGACUGCCGAUAAUGUGAGCAACAGAAGCGGCAGCGUACAGACAGUUGUGAAAUAUCUGUGGACCGAAUACCGAACGCAAAUGCUGUAACUUGCCACCCAGCAACAACAACAAAAAGCAAACAAACACUACGAAUCUAAACCCAAACUGCCUGCAAUGCUGUACUGUGACCGAAAUUAAGGCUGGGUAUUCCUAAACCACGGUUGAAAACUAUCGAAUUAUUAGCGGCCCAGCUUGAAGCGCACGAAACCAACUUAAAUACUAAUCUCGAACACCGAAAAAUCUCAACCCACUUACGACCGGCUAGAAAGACACUUUCGAUGAGUUAGUUUUGAUCGGUCAUUUUUGUGGUGGCGCAACUGGUAAAGCGUCGAGAAACGAAAACAAAAAAUAAAUAUUGCUCGUCACUGCACUGUCGGCCACUUUAUUCAACCGGGAUUUUCAUCAGCUUCUUUACUAUCGUGCGUUUUGUUAUAGUCAUCAGUGGAUACAAUGGAAAAUGAAUCAUUACCCAUUCUGCUUAUAACCGCUAACGUGGGAAGCGUGUUUGAAGAUCCCUCAAACCUGCUGCACAUUUGGAUCAAAGAGUUUCUGGAACAUAUUGCUGCACGGCAGCCAGCCUUUAUCGCACUCCAUCUGCAGGAGGUAGGUGGUAAAACGUACGAAAAAUCCAUGGAAUAUGUGCAGGAGUUCAUCAAACAGCUGUGCGAAUCGGAUGAGCUGCGUGACUACAAUCGCAUUCGGGUCUAUUUGGAUGAAGACUACAACUCGGCGGAACAUUUUACGGCCCUCGGUAAUUUAUACUUCGUCCAGAGCACGGUCAACCACGUGUUGAUGUGGAACUUUCUUACACACGAGUGGGAUUCCGUCGAGGGCAAAAGUAUACAUACGGGAAGUAUCGAAACAGUCGCUACCAAAGAAAAGGCAAAAUUUCCUCAACAAUUCUUUCCCGAGUGCAAAUGGUCUCGGAAAGGAUUUCUGCGUACCCGUUGGUUCCUAAAUGGUACCGUUUUUGAUUUAGUUAACAUUCAUCUGUUUCACGAUGCAUCCAACCUAGAAGCGUGUGAAGAAUAUCCAUCCGUGUACUGUAAAAGCAGACGCCGCGCACUCGUACAUACACUGGAACGAUUUCAUAAAGAUACAGUUAACCGACCAGUGCCAUACUUUGUCUUUGGUGAUUUUAACUUCCGUUGCGAUACGGAAGGUGUUAUCAAGAAACUUACCGAAGAUCUCACAAUGCAUCGGGUUCAGAAUACGAAAAACGACAGUACAAAAGUUCAAUAUCGGGAUGCUACCGGCACGAACGUGCUAACCGUGGGGAAAAAGGAGUUUUUCCACUGCGACCAAAGCACGUUUAAAGAAAACUGGCUUCGUCAGUUCGAUCGGGAGCUUGAAUCGCUUCGCAGCAUACUGUACGAGUUUCCCAUCACCUUCCCACCGUCGUACCCGUACGAGGAGGACCCGUUCCAGCCGGGUGCGUACAUGGCGACACGGUGUCCCGCCUGGUGCGAUCGAAUACUGGUAAGCCCUGCGGCCCGGAAACUUAUCUGCGACGACGUGCCGGACGAUGGAGGGGAAGAUUGCAAACAGAGCGAUGAGCCUGCCAACCUCGCUAGCGAUCAUCCCACCGUAAGCUAUGGUAUUAUCGGUGCAAAUGUCUGCAUGGGAGAUCAUAAGCCGGUUUAUCUCAGCAUUAGAAUCAAGACGAGUCAAGGUAUUGUAGAUAACUGCUCCUGUGAUACGCAUGUGCCUAGAAAACUGCGUGUUGAACACCCUAUUUAUAAUAACAGUGCAAGUAUGGAUAGUAGUAGUAAUAACAACACUAUCGUAGUAAGUCUUAGUAGUUAUGGUAGUAAUGGUGGCAAUGCAGCCGUGUUGCGUACAUUGUCACCGAAGGCGGAACGUAUCCGUCAGCUGGCUUCCACUGCAGCCCAGUGUAGCGCUAGUGAUAAAAGCACUAGCGCCGCCACCAUCAUUCCGUUUGACGCGUCGCUCGAUGUUGAUAGUUUUGCCUACCAUCAGCUUCACUACCCGUCCGCUUGUACCGACUGUGUAGCACGCAUCGAACGGUGCUACGAGCAAAAUCUCAUCGGGCUUGACCCGAUCGUACCGGUUGCUGGCCCAACGAACCAGCAGCAUUACAUGCACGAUGAGCAAACGGUAGAGCCCAAUCAGCCGGCACCACUCGAAUUACUGUCGCAAGCAUGCUUUAGGUAUCAGCAUCCACUGGUAAGCAUUAACGUGUUCGAUACGGACAGCAAUCUUAACGUAUGCAUGUGCGCACUCUACUGUAACAAUGCAAAUGACGCAAAGGCACUGAACGCUGCGGGCGUGAAACAUUCGCGUACGCACGAGCAGGCGAACGUUGGUGCGCACGUCGAUGAGAUCGGUACCGCUGUAUCAGCAACGAUCUGCCCGAACUGCCGUAAUAUGAUAAAACACCAACCGAUCGAACACCGCAAAACGCUUAUCUCGCGCCGGAUGAUGCUUGCCAACGAUGUGAUUGUGAAUCGCAUUGACACACACUACCUAAACACGUACACGAUGUCGCAGGCCAGCAAUGGUACCGGCCAGCUACAUGGAUUUGAACCGUACACGCCAGAAAGUGCCGAAUCCCACUCACCCUUACCGGAGUCGAGCGAUAGCAGCAAAGCAUCGCAAAGUACAAGCCAUAACGAUGCAAACGAUGAUACAACGCGGGCAAGCGGGAAAAGUACGGUGGAGAAAUCCCUACACGCUACGGAUGAUGAAUUUCAACCGCUUCUCGCGCCGACCGAUCCCGAACGUGGAUCGAAUGAACGCAUCCAAGGCGAUAUGUCGCACGGGUUGAAAUCGGAAACCGUUUGCCCAAAUGCAGCCCAGAAUGUGCAAACAGCUCCAGCUAACGAUACGAAUCGAGCUACAAACGUUCGAUUGCCGACCGGUCACGACAGUAGCUUUGGUGGUGUAUCACCGCGACAGCUAAAGUCUCGCCUGGAAAAGCUCAAACGGCUUGCGGACGAACGGCGCAAACAGUACGGUGAAUGGACGCGCAGUUUCUCCCAGUCCGAUACAACCAAGCAAACGCACACAAAGUGUUCGAUCAUGCCAAUUAGUGACGGUGGUAAUGAUGCGGCUUACACCUCAACCCUGUCUGCUACCGAUCGGCCAUUGAUAGGCAGUGUUUCCGACACAUCCGACAGCACAGCGUCAGCGGCUCUGCUACCGGGGAUACGUCCAUCAACUACUAAUAGCAAUCAUUUUAACAGUCACUAUCCCAACGAACAGUCACAACCGAUGGUUCAUGCACCGGUAAACGUAACAAGUUCGAUCGGAAUACGUAGAGACUCCGUUAUAGUGAACUGUUGUCGCGGCUUGUGUACUAUACUAUAGAUUAAGCGGCAUUCAGGGACGGCCCGGGUGGUGUAUGUGAUAAACGGCGCCGGUCCACACGGGCAGGACCGCGGAUCUAAUCCCAUCCGGACCGUCCCCCUCCGUUGCAAGGACUUACUAUCCGACUAAGCGGUAAAAAUGGCUGGCGUGACCUUAGAGGUCGUUCAAGCCAACAAGAGAGAGAGAGAACGACGAUGCUGAUAAAAUUUAUGUUGGUUUUUUUCUACUUAACCGACCGUUGCCCAAAUAUGUCGUCGUAUGGUUACUAGCAACAUACUACCGAAACAAACUUAGACAUCUGGAUGUCUUCUUUACUUCCUGGGACUUCUAUUUUUCAAUUUGCACAAGCGAGCAAGGGUGUGUGGUUGUGAAGCUGCUUCAAUUAACGUACUAACAAGUUGAAGUUGAGCAAGUUUCUUACAAUCGAAGCAACUAAAUCUUGUUUUUCCUACGUAUAAUCAUCACACUAAUCAUCUACCUCUUAUACUGCACUUAAUCGGGCUCCAAUUUAAACGCGAACUUUAACGCUGAAGACGAUACGAAGGCGGAGCGGAAUCUGUACAUUAGUAUUAAAAAAAGGGCUUUGGCUGCACCACUCGUUCGUUUUUUUAUUAUUGUUUACUAUUCCAGUGACAGUAAUAGUACAAUUACACCACUAUAUAACUACUACAGCUACUAACGCUAACUACUAAUGUUAACACUACUACCCUACUUUUCACCCCUUCCGAUGCGUGUUGUAGUUAGCUCCCGUAGAUGCGCCAAAUUCCAAGUAGAUACUUAACCACAAUUUCACUUAUGUUGUUUUCUAACAUUUUUUCAUUAACAUUAUUGCUAUUAUUUAAAAACAAAAAUAUUAUUUAUAACACUAUUACCGUCAAGAUGGAGUCAUGUAUGUGAUAUCUCUUUUUUAUGUAGUGACUUUUGGUUAUUGCUUCCAUUAUAUUUACUACUACUACUAUUACUACUACUACCCGUCGCCUAACAUUAGUGUGCGCGGUAUCAAUCGAACAACGUAUUAAAAAAAACUCCAAGAUUUGCUCGUAUUCACAGAUGUCGUUACACAAUGUCUGACAUUCGUAUUUUAGUACCCAACAAUCUAGUGACGGCACUGUGCUAUAAAGCAGAUGUGCUGUGCAGUUCUUUGUUAUACAGUGAAACGCCGAUUAUCCGGUUGCCUUUAAUUUAAAGUUUCAAAUUUGAUUUGACAUAAUUAAAAAAUGAUUUUUAAGGGUUCAAUAGUGAAUGAGGGAAUUGAAUUCAAUUUUGAUUCAAAGUUUUAGCUUUCGUUAUAUUAAAUUACUUAUAUUAUACACUUAUAUUUAUCAACAAAAGAAUAUUAUCGAUGUGUUAUACUUAUUCGAUUAGUACGGAUAGUCGGCAUUCCAUUGUAUUUGCAUUUGAUUUAGUUUAUUUCCUGGACGAUUAAUUGUGAAAAUUCAAAACCCAAAACAAUCAAUCGCCAACAAUUCUCAUACACCGGCACUAAAAUACGUCCGUCAAACUUAAAAUACCUAUUUUUUAACGUCACAAUGCAUUAUAAGCAAUGUUUUUCCCCUUGUAUCAUGCCGGGGAAAAGGUAAAACGCGUGUUCACGUCAUUAACGUUAAGGUUUUUAAAAUAGCGUAAAAGUUUUAGUUUUGUCCAGUUGAUUUCCUUCCCGCACAGCGGAUGUAAAGGGAACGUAUAACAGUGACCAAAAUUUGCACUUAAUGGACCAAAAAUGUCCACAGUACUUAGCUGCGAAGGUGUAACCAAUUAUACUUACUAAUCGUGAUUAAUAUCUGGUUGUGCACGCCAUCUGUUUCUACUAAACAUCCACGGAUUUGUUUCCUUACUUUCCUAGAAGGUUCACAUGAAAAAAACCCCCCCAUCACCAUCCCCCUUGGGGAUGGGCCAUGAUUUAUUUAUUUCACAUAGAAGUGGGAAAGGGCGGGAGUGUUGGGGUUUGAAGAAGAUGAGGAGAAGGCGAAAAGGGUUCGUCAGAUCCUUUUCAUACAUUCGUUUUUUAAAAUCGUUUAUUUUAUAGCAACUGGAGACAGUAUCAUCUUCGGUGAUAUAAGAAUCUGUAGCCAACCCCCAUUUAGCAGAAGGCUCGAAAUGAUUAGUUUAUUGCAAAUAGUUCGAUCGUAUGACUGCUGCGUAAAUGGACCGGAGAAAGCAACCAGUUUUAUUGAACUUGGUUGUAUAAGAUCAGUCAGUAGUUCAAAUAGAUAAUAUGUGUUUUUUAUUAAACUGUCAGCAAGAUCAGUCAGUAGGUGACAGUUCAGUCAGUGUAGUAGCUCUUAGUAUAGAAACCUUAGAUCACGAUCAGUGAAUAGAUCAAUUCAAUAAGUCAUUACGAGUAAGUAAGGACAUAUGAAAUACAUUGCCAAAACCAUA